AUGUCUCCCACUAUCCCGGACAAGCAAUGGGCGCAAGUGGUCGAAAAGAAAGGCGGUCCACCGGUGUACAAGCAGAUCCCGGUGCCCAAGCCCGGACCCGAUGAGGUCCUCGUGAAGAUCAAGUACAGUGGCGUGUGCCACACGGACCUGCACGCCAUGGAUGGCGACUGGCCGCUGCCGUUGAAGAUGCCGCUAGUGGGCGGCCACGAAGGCGCCGGCGUGGUGGUCGCCAAGGGCUCGCUGGCCAAGGGCAUUGAGGUCGGCGACCACGCCGGCAUCAAGUGGCUGAAUGGCUCGUGUCUGUCGUGUGAGUUUUGCAAGACAGCUGACGAGCCUCUUUGCGCCGAGGCUCUGUUGUCGGGCUACACCGUCGACGGCACCUUCCAGCAGUAUGCUAUUGGUAAGGCUGCGCAUGUGUCCAAGCUGCCCAAGGAGGUGCCUCUAGAUGCGAUUGCACCGAUUCUCUGCGCUGGUAUUACCGUCUACAAGGGUCUCAAGGAGUCUGGUGCUCGCCCCGGCCAGACGGUCGCGAUCGUUGGUGCUGGUGGCGGACUCGGAUCUCUGGCGCAGCAGUAUGCGAAGGCGAUGGGUCUGCGCGUUGUUGGCAUCGAUGGUGGAGAUGAGAAGCGUGCCAUGUGCGAGAAGCUGGGCUCGGAGGCCUUCGUCGACUUCACUAAAUCGAAGGACAUCGUCGCAGACGUCAAGGCCGCUACCCCCGGAGGUCUAGGCGCUCACGCUGUGCUCCUGCUCGCCGUCACGGAGAAGCCUUUCCAGCAGGCAUGUGAAUAUGUUCGUUCGCGCGGUACCAUCGUCGCCAUCGGGCUGCCGGCCCAUGCAUUCGUCAAGGCUCCCGUCUUUGAAACCGUGGUUAGGAUGAUCAAUAUCAAGGGCAGCUAUGUUGGCAACCGACAGGAUGGAGUCGAGGCCGUUGAUUUCUUUGCACGCGGCCUGAUCCAUGCGCCGUUCAAAGUUGUGCCACUAAAGGACCUGCCUGAGGUCUUUGAAUUGAUGCAGCAAGGCAAGAUCGCCGGCCGCUAUGUUCUUGAGAUACCCGAGUAA